AUUUUUGACGGCGCAUGCGCUCAGUCGGCCUUUUCCAUUUUAGGUCAGCCCCCAGCCGAGGCUAUCACAAGUGCCUGUGUAAAAAUAGGCAAAAGUUUCGCAAAAUGGGGUUCGUGAAGGUCGUCAAGAACAAGGCUUACUUCAAGCGCUACCAGGUCAAAUUCAAGCGUCGUCGUGAGGGAAAGACCGACUACCAAGCAAGGCGCUUCCUUGUUGUCCAGGACAAGAACAAGUACAACACCCCAAAGUACCGCUUAAUUGUGCGUUUCACGAACAAGGAUAUCGUUACGCAGAUAGCGUACGCCAGAGUUGAAGGAGACAUCAUCGUAUGUGCUGCAUACGCACAUGAGCUCCCCAAGUAUGGCGUCAAGGUCGGGCUGACUAACUACGCCGCAGCUUACUGCACCGGGCUCCUGCUUGCUCGCAGGAUCCUGAAGAAAUUCAACCUUGACACCGUGUAUGAGGGAGAGACGGAGAUCACAGGGGAGGAGUUUCACGUCGAGAGCGUCGAGGGUAAGGCUGGAGCCUUCCGCUGCUACCUGGACGUUGGCCUUGCCAGAACCACCACCGGUGCCCGUGUCUUUGGGGUGCUGAAGGGCGCCAGCGAUGGAGGCAUCGACAUCCCACACAGCAACAAACGUUUCCCCGGCUACGACGCCGACAGCAAAGAGUUCAACGCUGAUGUCCACCGCAAGCACAUCAUGGGCGGACACGUCUCCGACUACAUGAGAUCCCUGGCGGAGGAGGAUGACGAAGCCUACAGACGACAGUUCUCUCAGUACAUCAAGCUCGGCAUCACAGCUGACGGGAUGGAAGAGAUGUACAAGAAGACGCAUGAGGCAAUCCGCGCUGAUCCCGAACACAAGGCGAAGGAGAAGAAGGAAGUCAAGAAGACCAAGAGGUGGAACCGAGCCAAGAUGGCCCUUUCCCAGCGCAAGGACCGCGUCCGUCUGAAGAAGGCAUCCUUCCUGCGAGCCAAACAACUUCAGGAAUAAGAAAAGUUUAAAUAUCCUUCCAAGAAAGAGACUACUACCUAAACUAUAAAUGAUGUAACAACUUGACCAGGAUGGUUAAAUAUUAUGGGUUUUCCCCCCCUUUAUGCAGCAACACUUUUAUGAAUGGUAUCGUGAGAACCAAAUGAAAAUAAAUGUCGAAACUGAUGCAGGGAA